CCAGAAAACAAAAACUACAAAUAGUACGACCGACCGCCAAACCUCCCCACAGAUUCAUCUCCACUUGCCCCACCGAGAAAUCUGAUAAAGAAAACCAGACCAGCUCCCUCUCUCUAUCUUUCAAUCUCCAAUGGCAAUCUCGAACUCUCCGGAACAAAACCUAGCCCCCAAACCAGACCCUUUCUCGCCCUCCGAUCUCCGUCGUCGGCCCUCUGCCAAAACCGCCAUUCCUGCUGACCUGUCUGCAAUACCCGAUUCCUCUUCGAACAACAACGCCUCCCUGAGUCCCGACAUCUCCGGAGAUGUUUCCACGGAAUCUUCUAUCGCCGAUGCCAGCUCCGGCGUUGACGAACGGGAUCCGAUCCCGAAUGACGCGCAGGAGAUGAAUGGAGAGGGUGAAAGGAUCGCCAACGGAGGAGAUCGGGCCAGGGACGCUGAUGUUCCCGUGAGGUUCACAUACCGGCCGUCAGUGCCGGCGCAUCGGAGGGUGAAGGAGAGUCCUUUGAGUUCCGAUGCGAUCUUCAGACAGAGCCAUGCAGGUCUCUUCAAUCUUUGCAUCGUAGUUCUUGUUGCCGUGAACAGCAGGCUCAUCAUUGAAAAUCUAAUGAAGUAUGGCCUAUUGAUUAGAGCUGGGUUCUGGUUUAGUUCAAAGUCACUGAGAGAUUGGCCGCUCUUUAUGUGUUGUCUCAGUCUAUCGAUUUUCUCUCUCCUUGCUUUCGUGGUUGAAAAGAUGGCACAACAUAAGUUCAUUUCUGAACUGGUGGUUAUUUUUCUUCAUACAGUGAUUACUACAUCUGAAAUCCUGUAUCCAAUUUUCAUGAUUCUCAGGUAUGAUUCUGCUGUUCAAUCUGGCUUCACAUUGAUGCUCGUUACUUGCAUUGUUUGGUUGAAGCUGGUGUCCUAUGCACAUACGAACUAUGAUUUAAGGGCUCUAAACAAAUCAACUGAUAAGGGGGAUGCAUCUUUCAGUUCUCAAAAUCCAGAUAACUCUCACAAUGUCAACAUCAAGAGUUUGGCAUACUUCAUGGUGGCUCCUACAUUAUGCUACCAGCCAAGCUAUCCUCGUACUGCAUGCAUUCGGAAAGGUUGGGUGAUUCGUCAGGUUGUUAAAUUGGUGAUAUUCACAGGAGUGAUGGGGUUUAUCAUUGAACAAUACAUUAACCCAAUUGUCAAGAACUCCAAACACCCUUUGAAAGGAGACUUCCUAAAUGCUGUAGAGAGGGUCUUGAAGCUAUCAGUUCCAACUCUGUAUGUGUGGCUCUGCAUGUUCUAUUGCUUCUUCCACUUAUGGUUGAACAUACUUGCUGAGCUCCUUUGUUUUGGCGACCGUGAAUUCUAUAAGGACUGGUGGAAUGCGAAAACAAUUGAAGAGUAUUGGAGAAUGUGGAACAUGCCUGUUCACAAAUGGAUGGUUCGUCAUAUUUAUUUUCCAUGCUUACGUAAUGGGAUACCGAAGGGAGUUGCUGUAGUGAUUGCCUUCUUUUUUUCUGCUGUAUUCCAUGAGCUUUGUGUUGGUAUUCCUUGCCACAUUUUCAAGCUGUGGGCUUUUAUAGGGAUAAUGCUUCAGGUCCCCUUGGUCAUCUUGACUAAUUACCUCCAAAAUAAAUUCAAAAACACCAUGGUGGGGAAUAUGGUCUUCUGGUUCUUUUUCAGCAUUCUUGGACAACCCAUGUGUGUCCUCCUUUAUUACCAUGACUUGAUGAAUCGUAGUAAAGUGAGAACAUCGUAAUCUAAACCAAUUCGAUGUACAUUGAUUACUUUGGUGGAGAAAGCUCAGCAAUUGAAGAUGAGGUAUACAUCUCCCAGCUCCCUACUGUCGGUGCAAGGUUGCACUGCUUGUUGAAAUUAAUAUCUUGCUAUUGUUCAUCAUGAGGCGCAAUGUACAUAUAUAACCAAACCAUGCCCCAUCUGAUGAAUUUUCUGUAGAAACUGGCGAACAUGUUUAUUAACGCAAGGCCAAAAGUAAUCUAUAUUAUUUUGGCCAUUGAGCUGGGCUAAAGUGUACGGGACCUUUCUUUUUGAGUAAAGGGAUAUGAUUUUGAGGCA